AUGUCAUUGUCAGAAGAAAUUGUAUUACCUUCUGGUAGCAGUUUAGAUUAUACUUUGGAAUGUGGAAGCAAUACCGAGAUUGACAAAUCAAGUAUAAUAAACGACCGCAAGGCCGCCAGUCCAAAGUUAUUGCAAGUUUCAACUAUAGGAAAAUAUAACUUACAUGAUAGCCCAUUGCAGCUGUCUGACUCAGAAGCAGAAGAUGAUCCUUUGCCAUGUAUUGAAGAAGAGCAUAUUGAAUCACAAUGUGAUCCUGGUGAUAAUACACAGAACGAUGGUGUAGAACCUAAUAAAUUCGACAAUAGUCACUCACUUGUAGAAGAACCAAAUAUUUCUAACCAUUCUACCAGUAAAGUAACAGAAGUAGUAAUAGCCGAAACAAAUAUGAAAUCUUUUGUGGAGGGAAAUGGAAAUAAUGUGGAAAAUAUUAAAGUAAAUGAACUAAUCAUUAAUGAUGUUCACAAUGUUCAUGAAUCACAAAACUCUGUAAAUAUAGAAGGUAAGGAUGACAUAUCAUCAUAUGAAUCAAAGGAACAAAAAGCUGACACAAAUAUUUUAUGUUCGGAAUCAAUAACAGAUUCCAAGUUGCUUGAAAAAGGAAUAUUGGAUUCGAAUGAUUCAAGUAAUCAUGCAACUACAGGUGGCGACUUGGAUUCUAACCUAUCUGAUAAGUCUGAACCUAAGCAAUCAGAUCGUACAGAAUCUACCAAUGAUAUAGAAAAUGUAAGCAUGAACGGUAGUUCUGAAACGAAUAACGUUAAUAUGGAAACUAAUUUUCUAUAUUCUGAUGGCGUUGAAAAUGAUCAAAAUGGGAAUUCUGAUAAUGUAAGUGAAGAGUUUUUGUCUCCAGAAGAGAAUGAAAAUGAAUGUUUUGAUCAAACGCUCGACGCAAAUAAUUUAUUGGAAGCGGUUGAUACCAACUCCGCAAGUGCGAAUAAUAAUUCAGUCAAUAAUUUUCUUAUGGAGAAGCAGAAUGAAAUAACAAAUGGUGAGGUUAAUUCAUCAGAAUCUACAGUUAUUUCGAACCAAAACAAUAUAGAUGAAAAUGGCUUUCAGGAGCAAAAUGAAUCCAAUAAUGAUUCAAUGACUGAGGUUGAAUUCACAGAAUUUGUUACAACUUCACAAGAGGUGGAAAUGACUUCUAGACAGGCAAAGCGUACAGGAGAUGAUGAGUUGACCGAUGAAGAUUCUUCCUCUAACAAAAGAAUGAAAGUUGAUGAUACUAUUAGCAUUGAAGAUGAUGAUGAAACACGGUCGAUCACAAAGACUGAUGAGAGCGAUGAAAGAAUAAAACGCAGGCGCGAUAGAAUUGAGCGUAUCUGUAGUUUGCAGGUUUGUAUAACAGGAAGCUCAAUAGUAAAUUUCAACCCCAAAAGAUCUAAUAAAAAUAAUGAUGAUACUGCGGAUACAAAUCAGCAAUCGCUAAACUCUCAAAAACAGGUAAAGCAACCAAAUCAGUCGCAACCAAAGGAAACGACAUUGACUAACAACCAGAUAAAUUCAAAUACUGCCACUCCUCCAUUGCCAGUAAAAUUAAUAAAGAAUCUUACUGCUCUUACAACUUCAUCAAAUUCAAGAGGUGAUGUCCUUAUUAUAGAUCUCACAGCAGAAGAGGAGGAAAGUUCUAUGAGCAAAAAAAAUAAAUUCAAUACUGCCACUCCUCCAUUGCCAGUAAAAUUAAUAAAGAAUCUUACUGCUCUUACAACUUCAUCAAAUUCAAGAGGUGAUGUCCUUAUUAUAGAUCUCACAGCAGAAGAGGAGGAAAGUUCUAUGAGCAAAAAAAGUAAAGUAGAUGGAAAGAAUUCAAGAUCUACAUCGAACACUAGCUCGCAAAUGAGUUGGUCGAGUCCUGGUUCUAAUUCAAUUGGAAGUGCUGCUAGUGGUACUUUCAUGACAACUAAACGUCUGCCACCGCUGCCAAGCUGCCAGUAUGGACCGCGUAGGACUAACAAACCCAGCGGCCCGCUGUUACGAUUAAUCAAGUAG